GGCAGUCAUAUCCUGCUUCUGGGGAGUCUGCAAAAGGUGACCAGGAAGAAAAACCUUUCUUCCAAGGACACAAAUGACCAGGGAGCUGGAGUCGCUGCACAAGACAGAGACCAAACUGUCCAGGAACUCGCACUUCAGGCCUGACAGAGCUCCGCGGAACGCCCCGAGCCCCGAGCAGCGGACCCGCCGGGGCCCGGGGCCGGCGCGCAGCCCGAGGCGGUGCCAGGUAACGGCGGCGGGGCAGCAUGGCCGCCAGCGGGACGCGCUUGGCGCAGGAGGCGCUCGGCAGCGCGCCGGGGAGGAGACGGCCUGCCCUCGCCUCCUUCUCCGCCUUCAGCUUCGUCCCGCCCAAACGGGAAGGGCCUCCGGAGCUCAGCUAUUACAACCGGCCGCACAAGACAGGAGAUUUUUUCACCUAUGAUGCUGUUUUUGGAAUACCAGAAGGUUACGAUCAAUAUCUUCCACGAUGUGACAGAAAACAUGCAAAGGCUCGUGGCCUUAAAAUUAAUGAGGAGGAAAUGGCAAGACCUGUUCCUGUGCUCACAUCUUCAGAGUAUGGGAAGCGCUUACACAAGCUCUUAGACCCAGCAACCGGAGAGCAUGCGAGGGUUAACAGCGUGCACGCAGCAAUCUACGGGGAAGGCAGCCGCCCUGCUCAUUGAAAAACCUUCUCCAGGCCUGGAUCCCUGGGUAAUCUCUCGUAUCUGUCAUUUCCAGCAAUAUUUAUCUGGAAAACAACCUAACACUUUGAAAAGCAAUAUGGUGCUUUUGCCUUUUCCUCUACAGUUUAUCUAAUGAGAAUUAUCUGGAUUAAAAAUAGGGUGAAAUAGCA